AUGGUUCGCGCAGCCGUGGGGCAGUUAUGCUCGACUGCCGACAUAGGUCUGAAUCUAGUCCGUUGCAAAGAGCUGGUGGGAAUGGCUGUUGCACAAGGCGCUAAGGUGAUAUUUGAUCUUUUCAUUGUCAAGUACUCAGUGGUGCUCUUUCUUCCAGAGGCCUCGGACUAUAUCGCAGCCUCGGCAGAAGAGUCGUACGCACUCGCUCAGUCUGAGGAGAGAACUCAGUUUGUCACAUCUUUACAGAGAGAGGCCAGAGAAAGGAACAUCCACAUAAAUGUCGGAAUCCAUGAAGUAGCCUCCGGAAAGAGGCUUAAGAAUUCAUUGAUCUGGAUCGAUAACAACGGGGUCAUUACGCAAAACUACCAGAAAAUCCAUCUGUUCGACGUCGAUAUCAAAGAUGGACCGGUACUCAAGGAGAGCGCGAACGUCCAGCCAGGACAACAAAUCCCGAAGCCAUUUGGAACUCCUAUCGGGCGUGUUGGUCUUAGUAUUUGUUUCGAUUUGCGUUUCCCAGAGAUCAGCCUGGCGUUGAGGCGACAGAAUGCUGAAAUCAUCACAUAUCCUUCAGCAUUCACUGUUCCAACAGGCAUGGCCCAUUGGAAGCCGUUACUACAGGCAAGAGCUAUCGAGACACAAUCAUACGUUAUCGCAGCUGCGCAGGCAGGCCAGCACAACGCGAAGAGAUGCAGCUAUGGCCAUUCAAUGAUCAUUAACCCAUGGGGUGAAGUGGUAGCAAAGUUAGGAGGAAAAGAGGAGUACGAGCGUGUCCAAAUUGCAACUGCUGACAUUGAUCUGGAUCUUGUGGCGAAGGUUCGGCGCGAAAUGCCGCUGCUUCGGCGUAAUGAUCUGUAUCCGGAGAUUUGA